ACAGCGAAAUGGGAAAUCGCUCUAUUGUUGAAAGCCUUCUCAGCUGGUUGUUCAAACUAUCAGACGUCUGUACUACUAGAGACACGGGAUGUUCUACCAUAGUGAUUUUCUUUUACGUCUCUUCUUCCAUAAGAUGCGAUAUAUGUAAAUGAGCGAUUGGAAGUGAUAUUCAUUUUGGUCGGAACUACUUCUGCUUUUAUCUAUUUUCCAUUCAUGAAAUAGCGUGUCUAGCUUGUCUGAUUAUCAUUUUUGUUUCCAUAUAAAGCAGAACGCUGUUUCAUGCAAAUUGCUCUUUGGAUAUUGGAACACAUUAAGAUUGAUGCCUGCUUCUAGCACAAUUUAAACAAAACAUCGCUAAAGGUGUCAUGAUUGUGUUUGCCUUGAUGGUGAUAGUGAGUCUUAACAAAUAAGCAAGUCAAAGAUUCGUUCUUGAAAUAUAUUCUGCAAUUGAGAAUGCAUCUCAGAUAAUUACGAUAUGGAAACGAUGUUAGCUUCCAAGAUGCAGUUCAGUUCUCCAAUGUGGUUCCCUAAUAGCAUGUUUAAUCAAGGUGUUAGAAUGGAUUAAAAAUGGUGUCCUACAGAGAUGAAACAUCCGAUCUGGCAGCACAAUAAUGUGGCGACGGCACCCUGACUAUCCGGUAUGUACGGCUCUCCUCCUUCGAGUGAUUCUGUCGAUCAUUCUGGCCAAGCACAGCAGCCCACAGGAGCUCCCCUCAAGGGAAACCGACCACGCAUUUGGGAUUAAUACACACAUUCAGCGCAACAUUUUCUACGAUACUAACGCCAUUCCAGAGGGACUUGAAGUCAGCCCUUACCUUUUUGUGAACACAACUAAAAAGUUCUUCUACCUCUUAGAGACGUCCGUUCCACGGUUAGAUAUUACAGUGAGCCCCUGCGCCUCCCCCAUAGUUUGGCAGGUCACCCAUAAACCUUCAAAGAAAACGGAAACUUUAUUCGAGUUUGGCAAUGAAGUUGAAAACACCGUGGUAGGUUUCAAUCCAGUUGUUAACACCAAGGAUAUAUUGUAUACUCUUCGUGGUGAGAUUACAGAGACACUGCGACUCGACGCUCCGAAACCAGGGAUCUACACUAUAGAUAUCACAUCACUCAAAACGGAUAGCUAUGUAAAUAUAUUUGUAACCCAGUUGCCGGAAAUCGACCGGUUUCCAGAAUUGCCGAGAGACCAUAGGGUGAGAGAGAUUACUAAAUCAAAAAAGAGUUUCACUGUUGAAUGGGAUCCUAGUCCGGACGAAAGACACUUUGGUGAAAAUAUUGAAUAUUGUAUUGUAGUGAAUAGAAAACGCAAUUUUAAAACACUUUGUUCUGUGUUGUCGCAUUUAAAUGGCGAUCCAAAACCAACCCUUCCACCCGACAAUGGGUUUGGAUUCACACAAGACAUGUACAAGAGAAGGCUACUUAAACAAAAUGCUAGACCAAUAAAAUCAGAAAAGAAAGGUUCAAUAUUUUAUAGGUGUAUUGGUAGAAACACAAAAGCUACUUUGGAAAAGGUUAAAACACGGAAAGGUUAUUAUGUUGAUGUGUUUGUGAAAAAUAGUCUUUCAGACGGAAGAUAUAGGUCAAGAAGAUACAACGGCACAUUUAUCAAAACAAAGCGAAAAUCGGUGUAUCCAAAACUCAAAAAUGGUAGAACACGAACAGCUAAAUUUUCUAAAAAGACUAAGAAAAUUACUUAUAGUUUUUAUAACAAAGCGACAAAAGAUGUGUAUCUUGCAAUAAGCUCGUGUUCAGGAAAGACUCGAAUAGAGGUGUCAGGAGCGAAUGGCACGGUGCUAAAUGAAAGGGUAUCGGGCACUAAAGUGUUAACCGUGAAAGACGUGCCCGCCGGAUUGUACACAGUAGCAUUAUCUCGUAAGCCAUCGAGACGAAAGAGCCAUGUGCACAUUUCUGCAACGGCCAGAAAGAACAGUCUUUUGAUACCAAUAUUACCUGAUGAUAGAACUGUCAAGACUUUUGACAACCUGUCUACAUGUUCCAGCAUUACAGUGGCUCUCAAAGGAACGAGCACCAAGCAAAAUUAUUGCCUAUACAAAACUGAAUUGUCUAAGAAUUCGACAGCGGUAUCAAAACAGCUUUCGGAGUGUGGCGCUUAUAGUCGCGUCAAGAAUGGGGCGCAAAGGAUUAUGUGCAAGAAAUUUAAAUACAGUCAAGACAAUGCUGUUUUGGCUGUGACAGUGACAAACUUAAACCCUGACACUGUGUACAUAUUUGAUGUGUUUGUAAAUAGGGGCAAAUAUUUUACAUUUUCAUACAACAGUGUACGAACAAAAACAAGUCCAACGUGUUAUCUUCCGACAUGACCUGUCAGAUUUAAAACAAAAAUCAUAGAUGAUGCAUCGUGCUUUUUGCCAUAAAAACAAAAUGUGCAAGUUCUUACAGUAUUCAUUGAAAUAGAUCAACAAAAACUCACGGCAAGCAUGUGACAUUGUUAUCUAUACCAGAGUGAUGAUACUUAUACUUCUGAAAGUAUAAAAUGACAAUGUUUAACCAAACCAAGUCACCAAGUCCGUAGACAGCAUCUGAUGCUUAACAACCUUUAUUGAAAGGGAGCGAAUUUAACUCAGACAUAAUCAGUCGACAUUUAUCGAGUUGUCUCCCAAGAGGAAAAUGGUCCUGCAGACAACCUGUUUGAUUGGCUAAUUCUUUGGCUAAAUGACAGUAUUUUAUGUACAUGUAUAUUUAGUUUGUGAUAUUGUGACGCAGUUUAAUUGCUCUUGUGGCAAUAACCCAGGACACAAAAAAGAAAUGCCAUCACUUAGGCAUUUCAUUAUAUGAAAUAUUAGCUUCAUACUGAAAAAUGUUCUCUCUUUUAAUCAAGCAAUGUUGUCAUUAAACUUCAUUAUUAAAUAACUAUUAAUUAUUAGCCCUUAAACACAGCAUUUGCCUCUUCCAAUGAUACAAAGGCCUCGGCCUCGUGCCAAUACGACUGCCCUCGGACAAAUAACACGGCCAUUAGCAAAUCACUUAUUUAUUAACAUAUACAGUUAUGGACUUGUUGACCGAGAGUUAGCAUCAUAUUGAAUAACUAACACAUAAGUGUUUUGACAUGUGUCCAUUGUUAUUAUUUUCUAAAAAGAACAAUUAAGACUUUUUGAAGUAAACAACAUGAAAUGAUUACAAUGAUAAAGACACAUUCUGUUCCAGUCGUUACGUUUGAACAGCUUUACAGAAGUUUUACACUGAGAUUCAGUAAAAUAAUGAUUUUUGAUACAUAUAAAAAUGGAAGUGAUAUUAUGUGACAAUACAUUUAAUAGAAAUAUAAAACAUGUUACAUAAAUAUUCAAUGACAAAAUACAGUGUUGGUUAAACUAUUUUGUUUCAAUUUGUAAAUUUAAAUUUGUGUAUACAUUAUAUUGUGAAAUAAAUUAUUUCUAUUUGUUACAUUUCGUGUUUCCUUUUCAUGAAUAAAUGACUUAUUAACAAUCA